UCUCUUUUAGGGAUGCAGCAUUACCUGAAAGAAAACAGAAGGAUACUGUUGAUUAUCUUAUUAACUAUUCAUGAUAUACAGGCGCAGGACCCCUGUUUAGAUGGAAACCACGGCACUCCAUCUUCCUUGGAGAAGCGAAGCCCUCUGUACGUUAUGGAUUCAUCGCCGAUCUGUGACCGGUAUAUCCUAGAGGGUUGGUACGGGGCGAGGGGAUACAAUAUGUCUACAUCUCCUCCUGCUCUUACAUAUUGUGGCACACUGUAUCCAGUCUGGUUAAAUGAUCAGCCACCCAGUGAAGGACAAACUGGAUUGCUAUCUGCCUGUCAGGUUGGAUUUAGCGCUAACUGUGACAGAAGUUACAACAUUGAAGUGAAGAACUGUGGGGAGUUCCUCGUCUACAAAUUAAAGCCAGUGGAUUUAUGUAAUUCUGCAUAUUGUUUUGAAACGCCAACGGUUAUAACAUCUUCGGUUGCAAUCACAACUUUUAAUGCAGCAGCAAGUGAAACUUCACCGGAAGUAACAUUCAGUACUCACAACAUAGCAUCUACCAGAGUUUCUACAACUGCGUCAAGUAAAGAUAUAUCAUAUCCACCGAAUAACCCCUCUACUGAGACAAGUAAAGAUGAAACAUAUCCACCGACUAACCCCUCUACUGAGACAAGCAUAGAUGUAACAUAUCCACCGACUAACCCCUCUACUGCCUCAAGUAUAGAUGUAUCAUAUCCACCAACUAACCCCUCUACUGAGACAAGUAUAGAUGUAACAUAUCCACCGACUAACCCCUCUACUGCUUCAAGUAUAGAUGUAUCAUAUCCACUAACUAACCCCUCUACUAAGACAAGUAUAGAUGUAACAUAUCCACCGACUAACCCCUCUACUGAGUCAAUUAUAGAUGUAACAUAUCCACCGACUAACCCCUCUACUGUGACAAGUAAAGAUGUUACUUAUAUACCAACUAAAUCUACUACCGAGCAAAGUAAAGGUAUAAUAUUUUAA